AUGCAUCUUCCUACUCUUGUAACUCUCGCCUGCAUGGCGGUCAGCGCCAGUGCGUUCCAAUACCCAGACUUUGUCCCAUUGCACCGUCGGCAGGACCCCGGUACUCCCGAGUACGACUGCCAUGCAAACUGCGGGGGAGUCAUUGUUGCUGCUCUACGACAUGUGGAAGUAUUACGGCUCGGGCGUUCCAAGGCCGCUACUGGAUGUGGUGUGGACGCCACUCCUGUCGAAGCGUCCUCCACUACGACCACGGCCGCUGGUAGCGCCAGCGCUACUGAAACGGGAAACUCAGUCACCUUAUCCCCGUCUUCCACUUCGACUAACGCUGCUGCAACCACGGGUGCAACCUCUGCUGCUUCUGGCGUUACGCCUAGCUCUAGCGGUGCGAUUACCUCGACACCCGCUGCAUCUACCGUGGUGUCUUCUGCGACACCGUCUCAGAACUCGACUGGCGGUGCUUCGCCGAGUGUCAGCUUAUUCCCUGGAGCUGCGUCUACUAUUUCGCACGAUGGACUGCUGCUUAGUGUGCUAGCUGGAUGUCUUGCUGUGGCCUUUUUGUAA